AUGAACAAUGAGCCAACUGCAGCUGCAAUUGCUUAUGGUGUAGACAAUAGAUUCAAUGGAAAGAAGAAUGUGCUUAUCUUUGAUCUUGGUGGUGGCACCUUCGAUGUCUCUCUUCUCACCAUUGAUGGAGAGGGUAAAUUUGAGGUGAAGGCUGUUGCUGGUGACACUCAUUUGGGAGGUGAGGAUUUUGACAACCGAAUGGUAAAUUAUUGUGUUGAUGAUUUUAAGAAGAAAUGGAAUAAGGAUUUGAGAGGAAAUCAAAGGGCACUAGGAAGGUUGAAAGUUGGUUGUGAGAAAGCAAAGAGAAUUCUUUCAUAUGAUACUCAAGUUUCAGUUGAACUAGAUGUGCUGCUGGAUGGUAUUGACUUUUCUAUGAAGAUUACUCGUGCCAAAUUUGAGGAGUUAAAUAUGAGUUUCUUUGCGGAGUGUAUCAAGCAAGUGGAGAAAUGUUUAGUGGAUGCUAAUCUAAACAAAGGUAGUGUAGAUGAGGUAAUUCUUGUUGGUGGAUCAACUAGGAUUCAAAAGGUCCGAAGUAUGUUACAGGAGUUCUUUGAUGGGAAGGAGCUAUGCAAGCAAAUCAACCCUGAUGAAGCUGUAGCUUAUGGGGGCGGCAAUUAUGGCUUCCAAUUUUGGGUCAGGCUACCAAGAUGA